AUGUAUAAGAUGGAACAAGAAGAUGUAGCCGCUGUUGUUAUGAAGAAGGCGCAAGAACAUAUUCAAAAACAUAAAGGAGAUACAUUUAUAGGUAAUGAUGUAAGAUUUGAAGAAAAACGUCUUGAUCGUCAUGCAGCAACUGAAUACUUAAGUAAAUCUAUGACAAUUGCAGAAAAAAAAAAAAGAUUAGAGGAAAUUAAAGCAAAAACAAACCAAAGACUAUCACAAAAUGGUCUUUUAUCAUCCAUAGUUAAGACAGACAUUGAAAGUAAUGUUUCCUUAUCAAAAAAUAAUCUCUCAAUAAAGAACGAUAAUGUGGUUCCCAAAAUGGAGGUUUCCACUAUUAAAGAAGAUAUAGUUGAAAAGGAAGUUGCCAGUGAAGUAUCAACUAAAGAUCUCAAAAAUGAAAGUAUGUAUGAUCCAUCGUUACAAGUUCGUAAACCAUAUUCUAGUAGAAAACGUGAACCUUUUAAAUUUUUUAAACCUGGUGAAAUUGUUAAGAAAGCGAUGCUUGCAAGAGCAAAAUUUAAACUUCAACAUGAUUUAAGUGAAAUACCAGUUCUUUUAGAUGAAAAAAAGAUUGAUGUUCCAAGUAUUGAAUGGUGGGAUAAAUUUAUUUUAGAAAGAGAUAAUUAUGAUAAAUUACCAACUGUUGAUGAAUUAUUAAGUGAAGAAUAUUCCCAUAUGAUAACAGAGUUAGUGGAACAUCCUAUCAAGAAAAAACCACCAAAUGAACCAGAAAAAGAAAUUUAUCCUGUUGCUUAUUUAACUAAGAAAGAACAAAAAAAGAUUAGAAGACAAAAUAGGAAAGAAAUUCAAAAAGAACAAGCUGAAAGAGUUAGACUUGGUUUAGAGAAACCACCUGAACCAAAAGUAAAAGUUUCAAAUUUGAUGAGAGUUUUAGGAACAGAAGCAGUUCAAGAUCCAACAAAAAUGGAGGCUCAUGUUAAAAAACAAGUUGCUGAAAGAUUGAAAAAACAUGUCGAUGCAAAUGCAUCUCGUAAACUGACCGAUGAAGAGAGAGCUGAAAAAAAACGUAGGAAGAUAGCUGAAGAUACAAGUUUAGGUGUACAUGUUUCUAUAUAUAAAGUAAAAUCACUACAGAAUCCUUCAAAAAAAUAUAAAGUUGAGACAAAUGCAAAACAAUGCCAAAUGACAGGAAUUGUUAUAUGUACUGAAAAUUUCUCUAUUGUUGUUGUUGAAGGAGGGCCUAAACAACAAAAAUAUUAUAAAAGAUUAAUGCUUCAUAGGAUUAAAUGGAAUGAAGAAGAAAUAGGUGAAUGUUCUUCAGAUACUAAUGGUGUUCCAACUUCUACAAACGUGAUUCUUAAUGAUUGUAAUUUAAUUUGGGAAGGUGUUGUUUUAAAAAGAAAUUUUAUAGGAAUGAAGAGUGUAUUUGCUGAAAACACUAAACAAGCCAGAGAUUUACUCGAAAAACAUAAAGUCGCUCAUUAUUGGGACUAUGUUAUUAAUUUUUCAAAUAUAUCUGUAAAUGAACUAUAA